AUGGCUGUUCGAUUUACCUACCACUGUGUUUGCCCUAUCUCUUCCUUUAUGACCGACGUGGGACAUACGAUUCUUCUGAAUCGUACUCGGACGCCUCAGAUGAUGAUGUGUACAUCAAUGAUGAUGAAUCUUCUUCCUCUUCUUCGUCCAGAAUCUCUUUCUCCCUUGCCGCAGUUUCCUCCCGUCUCACCUCACGAAACCACCCAGCCGCUAAUGAUGCGGGAACAUUCUCCAGCCAAGAUGAUACAACUUCGUACACUUCCACUCCGCAGCCUUCGAGCAGUGCUUCUGACGUCGACUCUUGCUCUGUGGAAUGUCUCCGACUGCGAAUGAUUCAUUUCCUCAAAAAAUUUGUUUGGAAACGCAUACAAGAGGUGUAAAAUAUUUAUUUACAAUAAUUGUCAUAUUUAUAAAGGAUGUUUC